AUGGACGGCGCCGUCUACCUCAACGGGUUGAAGCUGGCUCUCGUCAUUCUGGCGCUCUGCUUGGGCGUCUUGCUCCUGGCUCUGGACAACGCCAUGAUUGCUACCGCCCUCCCCACCAUCACAGACGAGUUCAACAGUGUCGCCGACGUCGGCUGGUACGGCUCCGCCUACCUCCUCACCGCCACCGCCCUCAACCUGUUCGUCGGCAAGCUCUACACCUUCUUCAGCGUCAAGUGGAUGUACCUCAUCUGCAUCGCCAUCUUCGAGGUCGGCAGCGUCAUCUGCGCCGUCGCCCCGAGCAGCAUCGUCCUCAUCAUUGGGCGUGCUAUCGCGGGCAUCGGCGGAGCCGGGCUGUUCGUCGGCGCCCUCGUCAUUCUCGCGUACUCCGUGCCUCUGGAACGCCGUCCCAUUUUCGCUGGUUGUAUCGGUAGCAUGUACGGCAUCUCGUCGGUCGCUGGUCCGCUUUUGGGUGGUCUGUUUACCGAGACGAUUGGUUGGCGUUGGUGUUUCUGGAUGAACCUCCCCGUGGGCGGCAUCGCCCUGGUCGUCGUGUUCUUCUGCUUCCACGACCCUCAGCGCAAGAUCCCCAGCAUCGGCGCCUGGGAACGGUUCAAGACGCUCGACCCGUUGGGCAGUCUGGCCUUCAUAUGCGCCAUGAUCUGCAUCCUGCUCGCCCUCCAGUGGGGCGGCCAGCGGUUCGCGUGGCGGUCGGCCGAGGUCAUCGGCCUCCUCGCGGCCGGCGCCGUCAUGGUGGGCGUCUUCGGGUGGAUCCAGCACUGGAACGGCGAGAACGCCACGGUCCCGCCCCGGCUGCUCAACCAGCGCACGGUCUGGGCGUCGGGCAUCUUCGCCUUCUGCCUGGGCGCGGCGUUCCUGCUCACCAUCUACUGGUUCCCGACCUGGUUCCAGGGCGUGCGCGGCACCAACGCCAUCGACUCGGGCCUGCGCAUCCUCCCCAUGCUGGGCGCCGACAUUGUCAUCUCGCUCGUGUCGGGCGUGGUGAUCAGCUACUUCGGCUACAUCAAACCCGUGAUGAUGUCGGCGUCGAUCCUCAUGGCGGUGGGCUACGGGCUCAUGUCGACGUUCCAGCCCGACGCGCCGACGUGGCAGUGGGUCUUGUUCCCGAUGCUCGCGGGCGCCGGCGUGGGCGCGGGCCUGCAGCAGCCCAUGAUGGCCAUGCAGACGGUGCUCCCGAUCCGGGACGUGCCGACGGGCACGGCGGUCAUGGUCUUCGUCCAGGGUUUCGGCAGCACCAUGUUCCUGACCGUCGGCAACACCGUGUUCAACAACCUGCUCAAGGAAGGCGUCCGGCUCAACGUCCCGAUGCUCGACCCGGAGCUGGCUGCGCGGUUGUCGGCCGAGACGCUCCUGGGGAUGCUGGAGCCGGAGUGGCGGCCGGCGCUGCAGGCGGUGUACAACUCGGCCCUUACGAGGUGUUUCUUCGUCAGCGCCAUUGCGGCGGCUGUGUCGUUCAUUGGUGCGUCUCUUAUCGAGUGGCGCAACAUCAAGAAGAAGCCUGGCGAGACGGAGGGUGCGGCGGACAACAAGGCCUAA